AUGAGCAAAGUAUCCGGCGGCUGCGGCGGCAAGAGCAAGGGCGGAAAAUCGCGCUCGAAAGGGGUCGGUAGCGACGUCGCCGCCGUGCGCACCGUGAAGCUGUCGACGAGCGCCAACGGCGAUGUCGUCUCCACGCUGCGCCGCGCGCUCCGAAACGACGAUGGGACCGAUCGCGACUUGCUCAAUGAUUUGCCGGCCGGCCUCCGCGCCUUAAAGCGGUCAGGCCUUGACCUCGAGAUUGAGUUUCACUCCGGCAAGAAGCUGAAUCGCGCCGACGCAAAAGUGUGCCUGGCCAUGUGCCGCGAGGAGCUGCAGGAGGAGUACGAAGUGUCAGGCUACGGGUGGGACGAGGAGGAUAAGUGGGGCGAGCUGACCUCGUCCGAGUCGCGGCUGCUCCUGUUCCGCGAGGCGGUGGGCCGGCGGAUCGUCGGCUACGCCUCUUUCCGCCUCACGCUGCAGGGCGAGUGCUGGAAUUGCAUGGAGGGGUCGCCUUGCCUCUUCGUCUACGACCUCCUCGUGCUCCCCGAGUACCGGCGCAAGGGCGUGGGCAAGCAGGCGCUCCUGACCCUCGAGAUGGCCGCGAGGAAGGCCCGCCUGGCGUACGUGUGCGCGCUGGUCACCUCUGCGAGCGCGCUCGGCCCUCCCUUCUUGAGCGCCAUCAAGGGCUGGCGCGACGACACCGCCGCGGUCCUGCAGAUGGACGCGGCCGACCCGGACGACGACUCGUUCCGCGUGUACGCAAAGUGCGUCGACACCUCAAUCCUGCAGGCGGAGCAGCAGUCGCAGACGGGCGAGGCCGAGGCGCUGUCCGCCGCGCCGACGGCGGAGCGCAAGGAGCCGACCGAGGGCGCCGACGGUGCCGACGGCGAGCGCAACGGGCGGCCGGCGACGGAGAGCGAAAUCGCCUCCUGGGUGCGGACGAUCAAGGAGGCCAACCUCUCGGGCCAAGACCUGGGGGCGGACCCGGCCGCCGAGCCGGCCGACGGGGGCCUUUGCGGCGAGACGGGCGAGGCUGGCUGUGUGGCCUGA